AUGGAGACUCUCCAGUUUUCUCUUCCUACUCCUUCCUUUGAAUCUGUUCGCCGAAGUGCAGAUUAUCACCCAAGUGUUUGGGGAGAUUACUUCCUUUCUUAUAAUCCUGAUUCACGCCUUGAGCAGGCAUCACUAAAACCUAGGAUGGAGGAGCUAAAAGUUGAGAUAAUCCAAAUGUUCACCGACACAAUAGAUUCUCUGCAAAUUAUGGAGUUGAUUGACACAAUCCAACGACUUGGAGUGGGCUAUCAUUUUGAAAAGGAAAUCGAUGCAUCCUUAUGCCUUUUAUUCAAGACUCCUUGUGAUGACAAUGAUCUAUACACAAUUGCUCUUCGAUUUAGGUUAUUAAGGCAACAAAGAUAUCAUAUUUCUACAGAUGUCUUUAACAAGUUUUUGGAUGAGAAGGGAGACUUCAAGGAAUGCUUUAGCUCUAAUGCAAAGGCUUUGUUAAGCUUAUAUGAAUCUGCACAUCUUGCAAUGCCUGCUGAAGAGAUACUUGAAACAGCCAUAAAUUUUUCUAAGACCCAUCUCAUGCAAAUGAAAGACAACUUGGAACAACAUUUUGCUUUGAUGGUGUCAAAUUCUAUAGAAAUACCACUAUUCAAAAGAACAGAUAGGAUAAAGACCAAAAACUACAUUUCAAUAUAUGAGCAAGAUGCCAACUUCAAUGAAGUUAUUUUGGAAUUUGCGAAAAUGGAUUUCAUUUAUUUGCAAGCUAUGCAUCAAGAAGAAGCUCGAAAAUUAUCCAUGUGGUGGAAAAACUUAGGAUUGUCAAAGAGACUACCGUUCUCCCGUGAUCGAUUAAUAGAGUGCUAUUUUUGGGUGCUUUCUGUAUAUUUUGAGCCAUGUUAUUCGCGUGCUAGAUUUAUGAUGACAAAGUGCAUAACACAAAUGUCCAUUCUUGAUGAUAUAUAUGAUGUUUAUGGAACAUUGGAGGAGCUUCAUUUGCUCACUAAUGCAAUACAAAGAUGGGAACCUGAAUGUGCAGGUAAAUUACCAGAGUAUAUGCAACAUUGCUUCCUCUCUAUUCUUGAAACCUUCAAGGACAUGGAAGUUGAGCUUGCCCCAGAGCAAAAUUCUUUUCGCUUGCAAUAUCUUAAAGAUGAGUUGAAGUUAGUAGCAAAAGCAUAUCUUCAAGAAGCAAAAUGGGCAAAUAAGUCUUAUGUACCCAAGCUUGAAGAACACUUCAGUGUCACACUUAUUACUGCUGGCUACUCUUUUCUCACAUGUGCAUCCUAUAUUGGCAUGGAGGAGGUCAUCCCUAAAGAUGUAUUUGAUUGGGUUACAAGCUUCCCAGAGAUCAUUAAAGCUUCUUGUAUAAUUGGCAGGCUAAUGAACGAUGUUGUCUCUUAUGAGGUCGAACAAAAGAGAAAUGAUGUUGCUUCAGCUGUUCAGUGCUAUGUCAUGGAACAUGAAUGCUCUGAAGAAGAAGCAUGCAUGAAGCUAUUAAAGAUGUCGAAUGAUGCGUGGAAAAUUAUAAACAAAGAAUUUGUCACACUAAGAAAGCUACCGUUUUCUUUGAUUUGGCCUAUGAUUAACCUUGCACGAUUUAAUGAAUUCAUCUACCUUGGCAAAGACUUAUACACAAAUUCAGAUCAUAUGAUGAAAGAGACAAUAAGUGCUGUGCUAAUUGAACCUGUUCAAAUUAGUAAGUUGAAGGAUUGA